CUCCUCAGCCCGGCCGCGGCGCGCGGCGUUGGCAGCGGAGCCUCGAACCCGAGCGACCCGCGGCCGCCCGCCCGCCCGGUAUGGGGCUGGGCUGAGGCAAGGACAGCGGCUAUCGGGCCCCCGCAGCCCGCGGCUGCCCCGUCGGGACCGCCGAGGAGACUCUCGGCCGGCGAGAGAGAUCUGACAGAAACAUCCAAGGAUCUUGGUGUCUGGACAUAGGAGAGCCAACUUUCAAAAACCGGUUAAGAUUAGCAGUUGAGAGGAAGAAUAUUAAGUGCUGUGGUUAUCUUCAGCUGUUGUGAAGGACAAGACCUUCCAAACCACUGCAGAUAUGGACAAAGAAGAAAAGAAGACUAUCAACCAAGGUCAAGAAGAUGAAAUGGAGGUUUAUGGCUAUAACUUAUGUCGCUGGAAGCUCGCCAUUGUGUCUGUGGGUGUGAUCUGCACUGGCGGGUUCCUGCUCCUCCUCCUCUACUGGAUGCCAGAGUGGCGUGUGAAAGCGACCUGUGUCAGAGCUGCGGUCAAGGACUGCGAAGUGGUGCUGCUGAGGACAACUGAUGAAUUCAGAAUGUGGUUUUGUGCAAAAAUUCGCUUGCUUUCUUUGGAGAGUCACUCAUUUUCGAAUCCAAAGUCCAUAGUUAAUAAGGUUUGCAAUGGCCAUGCAGUUCAUUUAACUGAGAAUACAGCUGGAGAGAAUCAGCAUGAGCUGAGUAAACACUCACAGACUCAUUCACAGCAGAUGCGUUAUUUCACCCACCAUAGUGUAAAGUAUUUCUGGGAUGAUACCAUUCACAAUUUUGAUUUCUUAAAGGGACUGGAUGAAGGUGUUUCUUGUACGUCAAUUUAUGAAAAGCAUAGUGCAGGACUGACAAAGGGGAUGCAUGCCUACAGAAAAUUGCUUUAUGGAAUAAAUGAAAUUACUGUGAAAGUGCCUUCUGUUUUUAAGCUUCUAAUUAAAGAGGUUCUGAACCCAUUUUACAUUUUCCAGCUGUUUAGUGUUAUAUUGUGGAGCACUGAUGAAUACUAUUACUAUGCUUUAGCCAUUGUGAUUAUGUCCCUGGUGUCCAUUGUAACCUCACUGUGUUCCAUUAGAAAGCAAUAUGUUAUGUUGCAUGACAUGGUGGCAACUCACAGUACCGUGAGAGUUUCAGUUUGCAGAGUAAAUGAAGGUAAGUACGUCGAAAUAGAAGAAAUCUUUUCUACUGACCUUGUGCCAGGAGAUGUCAUGGUAAUUCCCCUGAAUGGAACAGUCAUGCCUUGUGAUGCAGUUCUGAUUAGUGGCACUUGCAUUGUGAAUGAGAGCAUGUUAACAGGAGAAAGUGUUCCAGUGACAAAGACUAAUUUGCCAAAUCCUUCAGUGGAUGCGAAAGGCACAGGAGAGGAAAUAUACAGUCCAGAGACACAUAAGCGGCAUACUCUGUUCUGUGGGACAACUGUUAUCCAGACUCGCUUCUACACUGGAGAGCUUGUGAAAGCCAUCGUGGUCAGGACAGGAUUUAGUACUUCCAAAGGACAGCUUGUCCGUUCCAUACUGUAUCCCAAACCAACUGACUUUAAACUCUACAGAGAUGCUUACUUGUUUCUGCUGUGUCUUGUGGGCGUGGCCGGCAUUGGGUUCAUCUACACAAUUAUCAAUAAUAUUUUAAAUGAGGUAGAAGUUGGGACAAUAAUCAUUGAGUCUCUUGACAUCAUUACAAUUACUGUGCCCCCUGCACUUCCUGCCGCAAUGACUGCUGGUAUUGUGUAUGCUCAGAGGAGAUUGAAAACAGUUGGUAUUUUCUGUAUCAGUCCGCAAAGGAUAAAUAUAUGUGGACAGCUCAAUCUGGUUUGUUUUGACAAGACUGGAACUCUUACUGAAGAUGGCUUAGAUCUGUGGGGGAUUCAACGAGUGGAGAAUAUGCGAUUUCUUUUGCCAGAAGAAAAUGUUUGCAACGAGAUGUUGGUGAAAUCUCACUUUGUCGCGUGCAUGGGUACUUGUCACUCCCUUACAAAGAUUGAAGGAGUGCUUUCUGGUGACCCCCUGGACUUGAAGAUGUUCGAAGCCAUUGGAUGGAUUCUGGAAGAAGCAACUGAAGAAGAAACAGCACUUCAUAAUCGGAUUAUGCCCACUGUGGUUCGUCCUCCUAAGCAGCUACUUCCUGAAUCCAUACCAGCACGAAAUGAAGAAAUGGAGCUGUUUGAACUUCCAGCUAUUUAUGAGAUAGGAAUUGUUCGCCAGUUCCCAUUUUCUUCCGCUUUACAACGCAUGAGUGUGGUCGCCAAGGUGCUAGGGGAGAAGAAGAUGGACGCCUACAUGAAAGGGGCCCCCGAGGCCAUCGCCAGCCUCUGCAGACCUGAGACAGUUCCUGUUGAUUUUGAGAAAGUUUUGGAAGAGUAUACUAAACAGGGUUUCCGUGUGAUUGCUCUUGCACACAGAAAAUUGGAAUCCAAACUGACAUGGCAUAAAGUACAGAACAUUAGCAGAGAUGCCAUUGAAAACAACAUGGAUUUUAUGGGAUUAAUUAUAAUGCAGAACAAAUUAAAGCAAGAAACCCCUGCAGUACUUGAAGAUUUGCAUAAAGCCAACAUUCGCACUGUCAUGGUCACAGGUGACAAUAUGUUGACUGCCGUCUCUGUGGCCCGAGACUGUGGAAUGAUUCUACCUCAGGAUAAAAUUAUUAUUGCUGAAGCAUUGCCUCCAAAGGAUGGAAAAGUUGCCAAGAUAAAUUGGCAUUAUGCGGACUCCCUGACUCAGUGCAGUAAUUCAUCAGCAAUCAGCUCAGAGGUGAUUCCAAAGAAGUUGGCUCACGAUAGCUUAGAGGACCUGCAGUUGGUGCGUUACCAUUUUGCUAUGAAUGGAAAAUCAUUUUCCGUGAUUCUAGAGCAUUUUCAAGAUCUGGUUCCUAAGUUGAUGUUGCAUGGAACGGUGUUCGCUCGUAUGGCACCUGAUCAGAAGACGCAAUUGGUAGAAGCUCUACAAAAUGUAGAUUACUUCGUUGGCAUGUGUGGUGAUGGAGCGAAUGAUUGUGGUGCUUUGAAGAGGGCGCAUGGAGGCAUUUCCUUGUCAGAACUUGAGGCUUCUGUGGCGUCACCUUUCACCUCUAAAACUCCCAGUAUUUCCUGUGUGCCAAACCUCAUUAGGGAAGGUCGUGCUGCUUUGAUGACUUCCUUCUGUGUGUUCAAGUUUAUGGCACUGUACAGUAUCAUUCAGUACGCCAGUGUUACUCUCCUAUAUUCCAUCUUAAGUAACCUAGGAGACUUCCAGUUUCUCUUCAUUGACAUGGCAAUCAUUUUGGUACUAGUAUUUACAAUGAGUUUAAACCCUGCCUGGAAGGAACUUGUGGCACAGCGACCGCCUUCUGGUCUCAUAUCUGGGGCCCUGCUCUGCUCUGUUUUGUCUCAGAUCAUCAUCUCCAUCGGAUUUCAGGCUCUGGGUUUUUUUUGGGUCAAGCAGCAGCCUUGGUAUAAAGAGUGUCCUCCACACUUAGAUGCUUGUAAUACCACAGGAAGCCUAUAUUGGAAUUCUUCACACUCAUGCAAUGAAACUGACCCUGAUAAGAUAAGAAAUUAUGAAAAUACCACAGUGUUUUUUAUCUCCAGCUUCCAGUACCUCACAGUGGCAAUUGUCUUUUCAAAAGGAAAACCCUUCAGGCAACCUUGCUACAAGAAUUAUUUUUUUGUUGUAUCUGUGAUUAUUUUGUACUUUUUCGUAUUAUUCAUCAUGUUGCAUCCAAUUGCCUUUGUUGACGAGGUUCUUGAGCUGGUGUGUAUCCCAUAUGAGUGGCGAAUAACCAUGCUGGUCAUUGUCCUCCUCAAUGCCUUGGUGUCUGUCAUGGUGGAGAGCUUCUUCCUUGACAUGGUCCUUUGGAAAGUUGUGUUCAAUCGAGACAGACAAGGAGAGUGUCGCUUCAGCACCACACCGCCGCCACAGGAGUCAGUGGAUCGGUGGGGGAAAUGCUGCUUUUCCUGGGCGGCCCUGUGCUGUCGGAAGAAGGCUCCAAAGGCAAAGUACAUGUACCUGGCACAGGAGUUGCUGGUUGACCCAGAGUGGCCACCAAAGCCCCAGACAACAACAGAAGCCAAAGCUCUCGCCAAGGGCAGCGGAUCCUGUCAGGUCAUCACUAUACCGAGCGACCCGGUCUCAGUGGCGUACUGAUGGGUGCUCGGGACUUCUGAGCCCGUGUGGGAGCAGCAGCCGUCACAUCUGUCAGUUCUCAGACUAGUCAUGUUCUCAGAGAUAAAUUAACUGUCAGCCAUCUCUAUCUUCAGUCACCAGCCUUGGUAUGACAUACAUUUCCAGGGCUUUGUUACUCUCAGUGAUGCUCUGUGUUGGAUAUAAGAGAAAUCUGGUGUAUGCGGGGUUUUGAGACCAGCUCUGUGUCUUAUUUUCACAACUCUUAUUAGACAAAGUUCCUAUUCCUAUUCCAGACCCUACAUGUGUGAUUGGUAAGAAAUGGGUGUUCAUUAGCAGCCAGUAAAGACAAGUGGAAAGGCUGUUUGCUUAGAUUCCAGUACUUCUUCCAAAGAUUUCUGCAUAAGGUGCACCAGCUCCCUUCCGUAGUCAGGCGUGAGUUCGAUGGUGUUGCUUAGGGAUCUCAGGUUACUUCCAUUGUAGUUUUCUGUUUUCUGGACAGCUACCUGGGUUUGGUGUUUGUAAUCAGCAGGGCUCUGCUGCCUCUGCGGUGCCCCACACUGCCCAGUGGCUCUCACGUGUGUGGAGGUGGAGUCUGGUGUGCUUCAGUUUCCUCACUAAGAACAAAUGAGGAUUUCUUUUGGCAGUACAGGUAGAACUACCUUUCUAAUAUAUCUUCAGUCCUGUUUUCUUCAGGAUUUGUAUUAUUUUAAAUAUCUUUUUAUCCUAUUUUUGAUUACCUAAAGACAUAGGAUAAGGGUGAAUUUUGAUUUAGAAUUUUACCUUAAAAGAUGUUUUAAGGUUUGGUAUAUGAGUCUCCUGUCAGCAGUGAGGCUUUCACUGUAGAGUACUGGACUUGAGUGACUGAUCCUUUCCAAAGCAGCGUGAGCUGGGCGAGUUUGUUCUGUGCCGUCAGGUGGCGCCAGAGGCCCGAGCACACCUGCUUUGUCACAGAGGAGCACAGGGCUGUGGCGAAUUUCAGGAAGAAAAAAUCCUGAGGAAAUAAAGUUAAAAGAUAUUUGCAAAAGAAGUACAGUUCCACUUUUCUUUUCUACCUGGUUAAUGUUUAAACUUUAAAGGCACUUAAGGUAGCCUUUAAAUUGCCUUUAUAGGCAGCACUUUGGCAGUGCCCACAGGGCAAUUCUCACUGUAAAAUGGCCCUAAAUAUUAAAAGCAUAACUUUAAUCUGUGCUCUUCCUUAACUACUCGUGCUUGUGCAUUUCACUCCAGCAGGUCAUCACUUUCCCAACACACAUUUACCAUUUAACCAGACAUCACCCAGACUUGUGGACCUGCACGAUGUUGGCCAACUGGAAUCCUGUGUAGCGCUCAGGGUUGGCCUUCCCACUGUUGCCACUGACGAGUCUUACAAAAUACAGUCCAAGUUUUCAGACAUUAAUACACAUGAGAUGAUACAGUUUUUCCACGAAUGAUUCUAUGAAGCUAUGCAUCUUAGACCUCUUGAGCUGUGAAUUAGCACUGUUUUCUAUAGUCAUUCUCUUGAUUAUUUUAUAAUUUCUAUAUUAAUUUUAAUAGGCUCAAGUGCUAUUCUUCAGUGAUUUCCAGAACUGUAAAUUUUAUUCUUUGGUUUAAAUAUUGAAGCAUAUAAUUAAAGUGAUUGCUAAGUAGCAGCUGACAAAUCCAAAUAUCAGAUUGUAUUUAACAUCUUUAAGAGCAUGAUCAUAAAGAACUAUUUUUGACACAUGCAGGCUUUUAACAUUCAGAGUUAGUAAGGGCUUUGUAGCUCAUCUGUCCAUGUUGUUUUAGAGGAAUGCAGUUUAGGUAAACACACGGUUGUAGGCAGGGUGGGUUUGUCCUGUUGAGAAUGUCAUUUGAAGGACGUCCGUGAAGCCAGGUUCGGCCCUCUCAGUGCCAUAGACAGACUGAGUUCUCUCUGUGGGUCACUGUGGCAUAAUAGUAAUUUUGGUUUUGAAUUUUACCUUAAAUUAUUUGAGUGUAUACAGAACUAAAUUUUAAAAUCUGUACAUAUAUUAUUUUGAUGUAUUAAGAUUGAUAAAUAUUGCUGAUUUAAAUUUUAUUUAUGCACCUAAAGGACAGAAAUGUCCAGGACAGUGAUUGUUAAAUAAUGUUAUGUAACUUUUUAACUUUUUAAAUAAAUACCAAGAUUUUUAAUGUGUGUCUCCCUCAGGGUUGUUUAAAGGUUUUCCCCUUCCCUCAAAUAUAGUGGUAGCUAUGUUUUCUGUCUUCUAGCACCGACUGCUGUAAGCAAUGCUGCAAGUAAUGCUUGAAUAAAAAUGGCUACGCCAACAACAAAAUAAACGCUUUUUAUAGUAGUUUUAUAAUCCUUACAUUCAGAAGCUUUGCAAAUCACAUUUGCAUUUAAACAAAACCAUUGCGGUUUGAAAGCACUGCAUAGUUUCCGAGGCAUGGUGAUCACACAGCCGUGUUCAUGUAGUCAGCUCCAGAACACGAGAUGGCAGCACAUCCAGCGAAGAGCAGAACCCAAGCAUUACAAGACAUUCUGAUAUUUCAUGCAUGUAAUUUUGACAUAUCUGAAAAUAAGUUUUUGUAUAUUUAUGGUGGGAGGGGACAGGGAAAUUUUAACAAAGUAGGAUGUUAAUUUUUGUACAGUCGUGGGUAUUUACACAUAUUUUUAAUGUAUUAAAAUUUGAUAAUUAUGUGCACAUGAAAUUAAUAGUUAUUUCCUGUUAUGAUUUGUGAAUUCCCUAAGGCCUUGGAUUUUUUUAAGUAACUUUUUAUCAGAAAUGAUUCUGCAUCUUUAUAUUUUUAAAAUUGUAUUGCUGCUCAAGAAUGGUACCCUGUUGUCAAAAAGGCUUACAUUCAUAAUUGUACGUUCAGCACUGUAAAUAACCUUAUGAAAUCUUUUUUGAUUGAAGCUAUUAAAAUAAAAAUCUAAAUGAGUAUUUCCA